CGAAGUCGCAGUCCUGAAGUCACUACAAGCUUUGCUUACCAGGCUGUGGAACCAUGGUAUUAGGUUUAACCGGAAAAUUCACAUUGUAACAAAAUGUGCAACAAAAUACAAACGUUUCUCCUUAUUUUCUUAAUUAUAACCACUGAUAUUGUUGUUGGCAAGGUUAAUAAAACAAAAGCAAAUAAGAAACCAAGUGCUCUCAAAGAAAAAUCUGACACUGAACGAGUAAAAAGAUCUUUGAAUGACGACGAUGACCGUCCAUUUUGGUCCAACCGAGGCAAGAAACAAAGUGGUGAUGAUCAAAAUUAUUAUAACACCAAAUAUGAUCAUGACUAUGACAAUUCUCAAAAAUUUGCCAAAUCAAAUGAUAAAAUAUUGAAAGAUGAGCCAUUUUGGGGAAAUAGAGGACGUCGAGAAAAUUCAAUGGAAAAUCUAUUCGGAUAUCCCCUUGAAUACCCAGAGUUCUUCGAAAAAUAUUGUGAACAUUGCGUAGACUAUCCACAAAGUCCGGAUGAAAAUAGAAAUUUAGAGAGGCGAUACGAUCUCAUUUCUCCAUUUUGGGGAAGCCGAGGCCGGCGAAAUUCUAUGGAAAUUGAAGGACCAGAAGACGAUCCAUUUUGGGGAAACAGAGGGCGUCGUCAAGAACAGGAACCGUUUUGGGGAAAUAGAGGACGCCGUCAGGAGAACGAACCUUUCUGGGGCAAUCGUGGACGACGUGAUGACAUGGAUCCUUUUUGGGGUAAUCGUGGCAGACGAGAUGAUUCUGAACCAUUUUGGGGCAACCGUGGAAGGAGAGAAGAAUCUGAACCAUUCUGGGGUAACAGAGGCAGAAGGCAAUCAGAUGAACCUUUUUGGGGUAAUAGAGGAAGGCGAAAACUAUCAGACCCUAAUUGGGUGCGGAAUAGAAAACAAGAUCUGAAGAAAUCUAUACUGAACGCUAUUAGUGACGUAGAAAAUGAUAUAGAAAACCUGUCUAGGCUUAAAAAGAGUAACGUUGAUCCCAAUUCCUUUUGGGCUGGCAGAGGUAGGGACAACAAACUGGCAAUACUUUUUAACACGUCUUCGAGAGGUAGAACUGGAUCACCUAAAACGGGAAGAUCGCCAGGGAAGACAUCGGAACCGGGAACCGUUUUGGAUAACCGCAUGUACGUUGAUGAACCAAAUUAUAUUUUAGUUGAGAGAUCAGGCCGUUCAUCCGCCGAAAUCGAAGAUCCUUAUUACAUUUCUAGAGGUAAAAAAUAUUAUCUUAAUUACAGCAUGGGGCAAGGAGUCAGGGAUAGGCGAGGUGCGAUAGAAGAAAUUGUGAAAUCUGUCCGUAACGAUCCUUAUUUCAUUGCAAGAGGCAAAAAAAAAUCCGACGGUCUAAACAAUAACAAUCCUACACUUCGAAGCGAAGAAUACUUAAAAGCUAAAGAAUUGAUAUGUGCUGCUGUUGACUUGAUCGUGAUCAGAGCUGAAAAUGGGAAGGUAAAAAGGGAAAUUAAUGACAAUGAUCGUGACCGUCGAACUAUACUGAAGAAAUUGGCUGCCCAAUUACAAAUGGACCCGUACUUUGUUAGUAGGGGCAAGAAAAACCAAGUUACCGGUGACAAAGAUUAUCUGCAGGAGUUCAUCAGUAAUGUAGCUGAAAAAUGUGACUAAACUUAGCAUUUAGAUAUCAAAUAGUAAAAUAUCCUGUCGAAACUAUAAUUAUUGAACAUGCUGUAACUUUUAUCUUUAAGUAGUGAUUUCUUAUUAGAGAAGUUAUAAUAUUUGUGUGACCUGAUCGAAUAAAAUAUAGAUUGUUUAUCCUGUCUUCAUUUAUUUGAUUUUUUCUAACAACGGAACACAUAAAUAUUAUUUGUAAUAGACAUACUUAAUCAAAGAUUAAUUUUUGAAAAGUCGUGAUUACUUCAAUCACUUUUUUAUACAGCGAAAUGUUUUCAUAUUUUUGUGUUUAAAUUAUUUUUAGACUUCAAUCAAAACAAUCUUUUUCGGAACUUCGACUGCUUGAAUACGUUUUUUUUCUCAAAAUACGUUGGAAUAAAGAGUUAGCAACCUAUUUUCACACACAAACUUCCAUAAAAAUAUAACAUUAGUGAAUAGUGCCAAUCAUCUAGUAGUGAGAAGACUAGUUAAUAUUUAUUUUUAAACUGAAUACAUCAAAAUAUCCACUACAACUGAAAAGAAAAUUGAAUCCCGAAGCAAAAUAAAUAAGCCAGUAGUAAUUGAACGAACCCUGGUAAAAUAUCAGAUUCCUCAGAUGCAGAGAAAUUAAUAACUUUUUCAAGAACCAAUGAAAAAUGUUUAUUUGCAAGUGAUACUAGCAUCAGCAGAGGUGUCAGUCCGUGUAAGAAAUCGUAGGCUCUACAGUUUACAGCGACAAUGUAUACAAUGACGCUGUGCAGUCUUCUUUACUGUCAACUUUUCUUAUCACGCACGUACGACAAAUUUUCCUCCACACUUUAUUUAUGAAAUUAAAAUGGUG